AUGGCGCCAAAUGCUGUACCUCAAGAAAAAUUAGAAAAACCCUCCAGGGGUAUCAAUGCUGUUUUACUUGGCCCACCUGGUAGUGGAAAAGGAACACAGGCUCCAUUAUUCAAAGAGAGAUACUGCGUGUGUCACUUAUCAACUGGGGACAUGCUGCGAGCAGAAAUAGAAUCUGGAUCAAAGCUUGGCGCCGAAUUGAAGAAAAUAAUGGACGAGGGCAAGCUCGUCAGCGACGACCUGGUUGUCAACAUGAUCGAUAGUAACUUAAACAAACCAGAAUGCAAGCGCGGAUUUCUCUUGGACGGAUUUCCAAGGAGCGUUCCUCAGGCGGAGAAGCUCGACGAGAUGCUCCAGAAGCGGAAAACUAAGCUUGACGCUGUCAUCGAGUUCGGAAUCGAUGAUAACUUGCUGGUGAAGCGAAUCUCGGGGAGGUUGCUCCACCAACCCAGCGGUAGGACUUAUCACGAGGAGUUUGCGCCUCCAAAGGUCCCAAUGAAGGAUGACAUUACCGGUGAGCCGCUGACCAGGAGGUCUGACGACAACGCUGAAGCCCUCAAGAAGAGACUGGUCACUUACCACACUCAGACCCAGCCGCUCGUGGACUACUAUGCCCUUCAGGGAAUCCACAAUUACGUAAAUGCUGCUAAGUCCAGUGAGCAAGUCUUCAAGGACAUUGACAGUAUUUUUAUGAAAGCCAUUAAGCAUGAUUCGAGCAAAGGGUUCUUCAUGACCGGUAACCCGCAGCUUCAUGCAAACUCGCCUUUGGAGCGUUAUCAUGACAACGUUGAUGGCGCUUAUAAAAACAAACCACCUGUGCAGUGUCCAAACAAGUUCACCUGGCAACCUGAUUUCUCUUUUCAACAAUCAAUUGACAUAAAAAUAAAAAUAAUGUGCGACAAAAAUUAA